GCGGAAGUUUGUGCGCCGGAGGCAGCGAAGCGGAGCUGAGGUGUCGCUGGCGUUGCCUGGGGCUCUUCCGGGUCUCUGCUGCACUCCCGCGAGGUGGAGGCGGGAACCUGGAACCAUGGCUGUCAGGCAGCUGCGUAGCCUGGCAGGGUCUGGAGGCUGAUCUCAGCGACGCCUGUCCACGGACCCCGUGCUGCGGGUGUUGGGUUAGCUAGGGUCGCGUUAGCUGUCCCGGCCCCCAGACCCUCAAAAUGACCGCAGCUUCCACCUCCAAAUGGGGGCUGAUCACGAACGUCGUAAACAGCAUCGUGGGGGUCAGCGUCCUCACCAUGCCUUUCUGCUUCAAACAGUGUGGCAUCGUCCUGGGGGCCCUGCUCUUGGUCUUCUGCUCCUGGAUGACACACCAGUCGUGCAUGUUCUUGGUGAAGUCGGCCAGCCUGAGCAAGAGGAGAACCUAUGCUGGUCUGGCUUUCCAUGCCUACGGCAAGGCCGGGAAAAUGCUGGUGGAGACCAGCAUGAUUGGGCUGAUGCUGGGGACCUGCAUUACCUUCUACGUCGUGAUUGGUGACUUGGGCUCCAACUUCUUUGCUCCACUGAUUGGAUUACGGGUGACCAACAGCUUCCGCGUGUUCCUGCUCUUCGCAGUGUCCUUGUGCAUCGUGCUCCCGCUCAGCCUGCAGAGGAACGUGAUGGCCUCCAUCCAGUCCUUCAGUGCCAUGGCUCUCCUCUUCUACACCAUCUUCAUGUUUGUGAUUGUGCUGUCCUCCCUCAAGCAUGGCCUCUUCAGUGGGCAGUGGCUGCAGCGGGUCAGCUACAUCCGCUGGGAGGGCAUUUUCCGCUGCGUCCCCAUCUUCGGCAUGUCCUUUGCCUGUCAGUCCCAGGUCCUGCCUACCUAUGACAGCCUGGAUGAACCGUCGGUGAAGACCAUGAGUUCCAUAUUUGCCUCCUCCCUCAACGUGGUCACCGCCUUCUAUGUCAUGGUGGGGUUUUUUGGUUACGUCAGCUUCACCGAUGCCACUGCAGGCAACGUGCUGAUCCACUUCCCCUCCAACCUGGUGACAGAGAUGAUCCGAGUGGGCUUCAUGAUGUCUGUGGCCGUGGGCUUCCCCAUGAUGAUCCUGCCAUGCAGACAGGCCCUGAACACACUUCUGUUUGAGCAGCAGCAGAAAGAUGGAACCUUUGCUGCAGGGGGCUACAUGCCCCCACUCCGGUUUAAAGUCCUCACCUUCUCAGUGGUGUUUGGAACCAUGAUCGGUGGGAUCUUGAUCCCCAAUGUGGAAACCAUCCUCGGCUUCACAGGGGCGACCAUGGGGAGUCUCAUCUGCUUCAUCUGCCCAGCUCUGAUCUAUAAGAAAGCCCACAAGAAUGCCCCCUCAGCCCAGGUUGUGCUCUGGGUCGGCCUGGGCGUCCUGGUGGUCAGCACACUCACUACCCUGUCUGUGAGCGAAGAAACCCCUCUGGAUCUGACCCAACAAGCCCAAAGUGGCCAGCGAGGAGAUGCCGAGGGCGGGGUGAAAGUGGACGCGGCCCGGCUGUCAGUCCAGGAUCCGGUUGUCGUGGUUGCUGAGGAUAACCAGGAGAAGCCAAAGCCGCCCGAGGACAAAGAGGUGCUGGAGCAGGCCCAGAUUAAGGGUCCCGUGGAUGUGCCUGCAGGGGAGGCCCCUAAGGAGAAGCAGGAAGCUGCACAGCUGGAUCGGCCUGGCCAAGGUAUUGCUGUCCCUGUGGGCGAGGCCCACCGCCAUGAGCCUCCUAUCCCUCAUGACAAGGUGGUGGUGGAUGAAGGGCAAGACCAAGAAGGGCCAGAGGAGAAAAAGCCACCUCCCAAGCUCACAGAUGAAGGGGACCCCGGGGACAGGGGACAGGUGGCACCACCUCCACCUGGGUCAGAGAGGGAGGAGCAGGAGCCUGAGAGGGGAGAGGAAGGGAAGAGACUUGAGCAAGCCCCAGCAGUGGUGGAAGCCGAGCAUCCCCAAAAGGUUCUGGAAGCAAAUGGUCAGCCACCUGUCCAGCCCAGGAAGGAAGAUUCCAGACCAGACACUAGGGAUCUGCAUCCAGUGCCCCAGUCCAGGCUCUCUGUGGAGCAGAAUGCUGUGGUGGCGGGUGAGGGCGGUGAAGAGGCUGCCCAGAAGGCUGAAGGGGUCCAAGAGAAGCCCGCGGAGAGCGACGCCGCCGAGAGCAACCUUGGUGGGAAGGCGGACCUCCCUGCACAAAGGCCAGAGGCUGCAGAGGAGAGGGAGCAGAAAGAGGCUGAGCAACCAGGUGGAGACCCGGCGGGGAGCAAGCUAGAAGCUGAGAUUAAAAAGCUAGUAGCAGAAGCUGGCAGGGCCGAGAUGCUGGACCACGCCGUGCUGCUGCAGGUGAUCAAAGAGCAGCAGGUGCAGCAGAAGCGCCUCCUGGACCAGCAGGAGAAGCUGCUGGCUGUGAUUGAGGAGCAGCACAAGGAGAUCCGCCAGCAGCGACAGGAGGAUGAGGAGGACAAGGCUAAGCCUGCUGACAUGCAGCCAGAGCCUGGGGCGGCAGCGCCCAGAGGACAGGAGGAGGCCGGGGACGAGCGUGCUGAUGAGACAGCGGAAGGUGGCCCUCCACAGCCUUCGCAGCCUAGGGGUCGCCCUGCUCCCCCACAAGAGAUGGGCCAGCAACCCCUGGGGGAAGCUAAGGCAGCGCCCGGCAGAGACCUAGCUGACCUUCCUCCUGGUGGCCCUGACAGAGAGCCCCAGGGGGCCCAGACUAAGCUGAGAGAAGACCAGAAGGACGCUGAGCUCAAGGUGGCUGGAGCUGUGAGGGAGCUGGUCCCUGGGGACUUGGAACCAGUGCCCAAGCCAGACUCUGCUGGGGCCCCCAAGAGUCCAGAGAAGCAGCUUGCAGAGGAAGUCGCCAGGCAGCACCAAGAUGCCUUUGGUGCAGGUUCCCAAGGAAGGAAGGAAACUGUAAAGGAAGUGCUAGCCGCUGGUGAUACUCCCAAAGAGGCUGGGCAGCCCUUGGCAGGGGCAGAGGCUGAGAACUCUCGCACAAAGUCCAGGCAAUUAGGACCCACCAUGGUUUCAGCUAAGCCAGCAGACAGAGGCUCUCAGCCCCAGGCCAGGUUUCAGCAAGAACCCCAGGCCAUCCCUAACAAAGGUCAGGAUUCUCACCCAGAGAUAAGAAGUGAGGUUCCCCGAGGGGUUCACAUACCUGCUGAGGGGCAGCAAGGAGGAAAGGGGGAUACCACCAUCCAGGAGGCAAGGAAGAGGCCAGACAUAGCUGUGCCGGAGGGUCAGAAGCCAGAGAAUGUCAAACCCAACCGAGACCUGAAAGUACAGGCUGGCUCUGACCUCCGGAGGAGACGGCGGGGUCUUUCCUCUCAGCCAGAGCAGGAGCUGGCUCCCAAGGAUGGCGUCAUCAUUAGCUUUAACUCCCUGCCUAACGUUCAGGUGAACGACCUCCGCAGCGCCCUGGACUCCCAGCUCCGGCAGGCUGCAGGGGCUGCGUUACAGGUGGUACACAGCCGGCAAAUCAAACAGUUGCCUGGAGAGCUGGAAGAAGCGUGAGAAUCAGGCAUCGGACAGUAGCUGGUGCUAUCCAGCCACACCUGAUUGGAGGCCACCUUCUUAUGUCCCCAAGGCUCCAUCAGGGCACUCACUUGCCCAAGUCGGCUUUGGAAAGGCAGCAUCGAGGGUCAGCCCCGCCGUUGCACGGUGGCAGCGCUUGCCUGUCCCGAUUCACCAGCAGCAGCACUGACAGCAGGGCGGGCAGUUACAGCCUGUCACAGCCAGAUUCCACUCUGACUUGAUGUCCCAUAUUCUCCUUGGUGUGGGAAACCUGCCGUAGGUGACUCUUGUCUCCCCGCGGGGAGGCCCAGGAUUGGGUAUGAUUUGGGUUGGGAGGAGGAACAAGGCCCUCCUGGUUUCCUGUCAUCUGCAUUCUUUGAAAUUGAUUAUGAAACAAAAAAUAAAACACCACUAACAUCUAAUG